CGACAACAACAAUAACGGAACGCCCAGUAAUCUUGCCGGUGCUGAACCAUACAGUUGGAACAAUGUCGUACAGGAUACAAGAACACCAGAUUUUGCAAGCUAUCACUCUUCCUAUUCAAAUAACUCUUCAUUAUAUCCUGCUUGGAAUUAUUAUCAAAGCUAAAAGUAGCACACUCCUUACAGCUUCUCCCAAGAGAGGGACAAGAUUCCUUUAUUGUUUCCACUCUUUUUAUUUUUUCGCAGCACGCAUGUUUAUAUGUAUAUCUUAUUUUUCGGGCUUAUUUUUAUAUGUUUCCUUUCCCUUCCCACACACACUAUCAUUUAUAUCAUUAUAGCUAUA